AUGUGGACGAUAUCAUUGUCAUUGGCAAUACCUGCUACCAUCACCUCUCUCAAGCAAGUUCUUCAUUUUCGUUUCCACUUGAAAGAUAUUGAGCUUCUUAAAUAUUUUCUUGGCAUUGAGGUUGCUCGCUCUAAAAAGGGCAUUUACAUCACCCAACGUAAAUACACCUUGGAGAUUAUUGAAGAAUUUGGGCUUCUUGGGGCACGUCCUAUUCAUCUACUCACGGAACAACUCCAUAAACUCAAUGUUACUACUGUUGAUCUUCUAUCUAACCCUACUAUGCAUCGAAGAUUUAUUGGCCAACUCAUACACUUAACCAUCACCACGCCCGACAUUGUCUAUUAUGUCCACAUCCUUAAUCAGUAUAUGAGCCAACCUGGCAAACCACAUCUUGCAGCGGCCUUGUUCCUAGUUCAAUAUUUGAAGUUAUCUCGACCUUCUGAUAGUGCCUUUCAAUUACGAGUUUUUUGUGACUCUGACUUGGCAAGCUGUCUUGAUACACAUCGCUCUACCACUGAAUAUUUUUCCAUAUUAGGAAACUCUCUGUUAUCCUGGAAGACGGAGAAACAACACAUGAUCCCUUGCUCUUAUGUUAAGGCAGAAUACCGUGUCAUGGCAUCUACAAGUUGUGAAAUUACAUGGCUCCGCAUUCUUCUUUGUGACUUGGGUGUUUAUCAUUCAAAACCAGCCUUCGUGUUUUGUGACAACUAA